AUGUACAACUUUCAUCUAUCCCUGAUCUGGAGCCUGUCCCUGUGGCGCGCCCUAGCCAUCGUGCUGCAUCCCUUUCGAGGGGUGGUUGCCCUCUACUCCUGGGGCUCCCUGGGCGUGAGGCUCCUGUCCCGCACCCUGCUGGGCCUCGCCGGCUGGCUGAAUGUCCUCGUGGCCAUACCCCCCUGGGUGCGCCGCUGGCUGCCCUGGAGGGCCCUGCGCCGCUACCACAUCGUCCUAGCCGGCUACACCAUGGGCUGGUCUGCGCUGAGCAUUGCCAGGCACGUGGCUUCCCAGCGAGGGCCGGCCGCAGCCCGGCGCCGGCAGCUGCUCCAGGAGGCUGAGGCUGCAGAGACCUAUGAGGUCUGGGACGCGGCCAUGAGCAGCCUGGAGCGGGAGGGCCUGUCCGCCCGCGGCCCCUCUCCCGACCACAUGUACGACCGGCGGCUGCUGGAGGAGCGCACCGCGUACCUGGCAUCGGUGCGUGCGGCGGGGGACUUGCCGGCCUCCGCGCUGGCCAUCCGCUCCGACCUGCUGCGCAACCUGGGCAACCUGGCCAGCCCCGACCUGCACGAGACCUGCCGGGCGGUGCCAGAGCCCAUCCGCGCCUACUCCGCCGAGGUGCAGCGUCAUGUGCGCGCCAUCGCCGAGGCGCCAGACAUCCCCCUGGAGGAGCGCGUGGCCUUCCUGCGCGAGACGCGGCACGCCUUUGGCCGUACCGCGCUGGUGCUGUCCGGCGGCGGCUCCUUCGGCGCCUUCCACAUGGGCGUGGUCAGAGCGUUGCUCGACGCCAAGCUACUGCCGCGAGUCCUGGCGGGGUCCAGUGCCGGAGCCGUUGCAUGUGCCAUCGUGGCGACGCGGACGGAGGCGGAGCUGCUUGCCCUCUUCGACUCCGUGCAUGAUCUCGAGGACAUGGAUUUCUUCACCAGCAACUCCUUCCCUGCCCUGGUCCGGCACCUGCUCAAGAAGGGCACGCUGCAGGAUCACCGGGUGCUCCAGGAGCGUCUGAAGCGGCUGCUGGGUGACCUCACCUUUGCGGACGCCUACCAGCGCUCUGGCCGCAUCCUGAACGUGGUGGUGACGGCGGCCGACACAGAGGAGCCGCCGCGCUUGCUGAAUUACCUGACCGCCCCCCAGGUGCUGGUGUGGAGUGCGGUGGCCUGCUCCUCCGCCUUCCCGCUCCUCUUCGAGCCCCAGCCCCUGAUGGCGCGCUGGGUGGACGGCAGCACCGUCGAGUUCAUGAGCGCGCUGGGGAGUUGGGCGGAGGGGGGCGCGGGCGCGGCCACGACCACGGCCACGGCGGGCAAGGUGGCCGGCGGCGAGGUCACCCCCUCGGGGUCACCGGGUAUCGGCCCCCCCGGAGCACCCUGGCCCUCGCCCAAGCCCGCGGCGCACCAUAGGCGCUGGCGGGACGGCAGCCUGGAGGCGGACCUGCCCAUGGCGGGUCUGAGCGAGAUGUUCAAUGUCAACUACUUCCUGGUGUCGCAGGCCAACCCCUACCUCCUGCCCAUCAUCGCGCUGAAGAAGGCGACGCCGCGCGCCCUGGGCCACCUGGUGGAGAGCGAGUUCAAGCACCGCUGUCGCCAGAUCCUGGAGCUGCUGCCGCUGGGCGCGCGGCGCAGCUCCUUUGCGCGCCUGCUCACCCUCUUCAACCAGCCUUGGGAGGGCGAUUGCACCAUGGUGCUGCCCUUCCAGACCCUGUCGGCCGCCAAGUCGGUGGUCAACCUGAGCCAGACCGACCUGCUGCGCGCGCUGCGGGAGGGGCAGCGCGCCGCCUGGGUCAAGCUGCCUGCCAUCGCCGUCAACUGCGCGGUGGAGGCCACCAUCGACGAGUGCCUGCGUGGGCUGGGGCCGCGCUCGCGGCACGCGUCGCGCGUCAACCUGCGCCGCAGCCUGCCCUCCUGGCUGCACAUGCCCACCCUGGGCAUGUCGGCCGCCGAUUCGGAGGUGUGGGGCAGCCAGCCCGCGCACUCCCCCAUCAGCGAAGAGCGCCCGCUGCUCGAUGACAACCUCGUCACCGGGCUGUCGGCCGGCUCGGCGGAGCCCAUCCCCAUUCCCCGGGGUCCUGGGUCUCAGGAUCUCAGCGCCAGCCUCUUGGAGGGCCAUGGCCAGGGUCAAGUGACGGGGGCCCUGGACGACGCCGUUCCAGAGCAGGGGGACGGCCACCUCUUCGACAUGGACCUGGCCGAGGAGCCGGGGAGCCCGCCCCACGGGCGGCCCCUCCGCAAGGGGUCGCAAGUCUGGACCGACCUCUUCCUGUCCUCCGUGGCCAGCAACUCCAUGGACUACCCGGGGCCCUGA